ACCUCUCCUACUCCUUACGAUUCCUUAACCUCCUUAUACUCCAUAUAAUUUGCAUCCUGACAUGCUCUUUGACCCUUCCACCGCGGACCACUUGAAACCAUGGCUAACGAAAACUUUAGAACCAAUAUGCGAUGCUGAGCCAGGCGCCCUGGCCGACUAUAUAUUGGCCCUUCUCAAACACAAUGCUCCGGAGAUUGAAUUGCGGAAGGAAUUGGCUUCGCAAUUGGACGAGUUUCUCGAAAAAGAAGGACCGUCGUUCAUCGAUAUGCUGUUCACAACCCUGCGCACAAAGUCAUACCUUCCAUAUAGCACAUCAUCCCCACCCAGCUCUUCUCAUGCUCCAGUCGACAACGGCAUCCCCAUCCCUCUUGAUGCUUUUAUGUCCCCCUCCAUGUCUACGUCACCAGAACGAGGCCGAAAACGCAACAUGGAGUAUGAUGACCGCGAUGGUCGGCCAGCGAAAGGCCCACGACUAACCCACGAUGGACAAUACGCCGGUUAUCCAAGGGGACACGACAAUUGGAGCAACGGAGGCUACGGAAGGGGCGGUAGAGGACGUGGAGGUGCGUAUGGCGGAGCAGACAUGGGUAUGGAUGUGAACAUGGGCGGGAUGGGCAUGAAUGGGAGAGGACAGCAGCAAUAUCGUCCACCAGAUCAGAAGAAGGGAAUCUGCCGGGAUUAUCACAAUAACGGCUAUUGUGCUCGCGGAGCUUACUGCAAGUUCAGUCACGGCGAAGAUGCCUUCGUCCCCGGCCAAAUUUUCCCAAUGAAUGCCCCUCAGAUGACGGGCGGGAUGUUCAUGCCCCCGUUCGCCAAUGGAGGCAUGGGAUUCAGCUCGGGCAAUGGUCCUGCAGCUGCGUACGAUCCUCAUGAGGCUCACCUGGACAUGCGGCCGACGGCGAAUCUUAACAUCGACGUACACCCCCCACGUCCGCCCAUUAUGCCCCGCGUCAGGGGAGAAAAUGGAGACACAAAGGUGCCUCUUCAGACGUCAGGGGAACUGCCGGUCAUUCAGGAUCUCACGCCGCGCGAACCAAAAGAUGAGAACGCUUCGCAACCGAAUGGAUCGUCCGCCGCUCCAGGACCGAGCAGGGAGGGUAUGACUAACGGGGUGGUGUACCCUCUACCUGCCCCACCCUCAUUUCCCGUCAAAAUGGAGGUUGACAUGGACACCAGCGGUCAAUCGGCACCUCUUCAUCAAACACCACGAGGAAUGCGUCCAAUGCGCAUUGGACGCGGACGCGGGAGCCGGCCGGGAACCUUCAACGGAGAUGUACAGCGGUUCCGACCAGAGAGACGGAAUGACAAGACGCUUGUAGUGGAGAAGAUACCGGAGGACAAGCUGUCGCUCGAAACCGUCAAUGGGUGGUUUAAGCAAUUCGGCACGGUGACGAACGUCGCAAUCGAUGCGUCGAGUGCCAAGGCGCUCGUCAGUUUCUCCACACAUGAAGAGGCACACGCGGCAUGGAAGUCAGAGGAGGCCGUAUUCAACAAUAGAUUCGUCAAGCUGUUCUGGCACCGGCCACUAGAGGGUCACGGACAAACGGGACAGCGUAUGUUAGCCGCUUCGGCACCCCUUGUGGCAAACAUGGCGUCAAGGGACUACCCAGAAGCCGUCUCGGCAUCGACUGGACCAUCAGUGUCUGCCGAGGUUCCAUCUCCUUCAUUGUCGACGCAUCCUGCUCCCGCGGCCCACGCUCGAAAAGCUUCCACAGUCUCGUCCGCUACUGUCUCAGCCCUUGCUGCUAAGCAGCAUUUGCUUGAACAGCAGAUAGCAGAGCAGAAGUCUCUCAUGGACAAGCUGUCUACUGCGUCCCCCGCAGAAAAGAAAGAGAUUUUGACCCGGUUACGCAAGCUAGGCGAGGAAAUGAAGCCUGCAUCUGCGCCCGUAUCGGCCGCAACAGUGCCUUCGACGUCGACAACUGGCAAGCGACCGUCAAUCUCUACGACUCGUUCAGAAGAUCACGAGCAGAAAGAGCGCGCGCGAUUGGACAAGGAGCUCGAAUUACAUUCGGCUGCGCUUGCCUCAGAUGGCGGCGAAGACACCACGGAAUCCUUAAAAGAGAAGCUAGCGAAACUCAAAGCAGAAGCUGCUAGCCUCGGUAUCGACCCUGCCACAGAGACUGCAUAUGGUUCUCCGUAUCGAGGAUACCGUGGUCGCGGACGAGGCGCACGGAGUUACUAUCGUGGCGCAAUGCGCGGGGGGCCUCCUCGCUCCAGCAUGAAACUAGACAAUCGUCCCAAAAAAUUGCUCGUCAAGGACGUCACUGCAGAUUCACUUCAGGCAGUGCGAGACUGGUUCGAGACAACAGGCCAGGUCGAUUCCAUCGAUCAUAUGGAAAGUGGCGACGUAUUAGUCUCGUUCAAGAGCCGCAGUGGGGCUGAGCAGGGUUUUGCGAAAGGCAACAACAUAUCUCUCGCCGGUCAAAAACAGAUCUUUUGGUUCGCUGGCUCGCAACCCACCCAGCCGUCCGCCUCAAAGCCCAUGCCUUCGACGGCUGCAACGCCUGAAUCGAGCUCAUCCAUGCGGCACGAACUGAACGUUGCUCAUCGGCCUGGCCCUGAGCCACUCGAUAUUGACCCUGAAGAGGAGAUGAUUGUCAGUGGGUGGGGUGGUGACGGCGAGGAUGAGGACGGUAUGGGGAUGCUCUGACGCGGAGGCGCGUAUCUGAUGUGCGAGGCCUUCAUGCCGUGAAUUUCUUUAUUUUGUACUUUUCCUGAGCUCUCGUCAGCUGCAUAAGCAAGGAUUGUGCUUUGCGCUUUGGCGCCUUAUUGUU